GUAAGGACGGUUAAUAUUCGCCCUGAAGAUAUCGUUGAAGGAAAUUCGAAAUUAACUCUUGGACUCAUUUGGACGAUCAUUCUCAAUUUCCAAGUCUCUGUCAUCAAGCUUAGACAACUCGACAGUUCAACUUGUCAGAAGGCUGAACGUAAGCAUGAAUUGACUCGUUCAUCCACCGGACAAGAUCAUCAGCAACGCCAUACUUCAACAAAUGGCAUGAACGCGUCAAGUAUUAAUGCUGCAACAAACAAUGCCGCAAAUAACACAUUUGCACUAGCUGCUAAUGACGAAAUGCGCAAUGGUCAAGUGGUACCAUUAGAGCGUCAUAAUGAGAUGAUUAAUACUGUGUGGACAACUGGUGGUGGAGGUGCGGCAGGUACUCAAGCAUUCUCGGAGAGUUCCUCGUAUGAGGCACGAGAACAUUUUGAACGUAAAGUACAACGUGUUAAGAAAACACGUGGUGAACGUGAUAGCAAUCGUAAGUCUAAGAAGAGUAAAGUUUCUGAUGUUUUGUCGAGUGUUGAUGGUGGCGUAUCGGCAAAAGAUGCUCUAUUACAAUGGGCACAAGAUGUAACUCGUGGUUAUCCGGGUGUAAACGUACGGAAUUUCACAAGUAGUUGGAGGGAUGGUCUAGCAUUCAAUGCGAUUCUACAUCGUUAUCGACCAAAUUUGAUACAGUGGAACAAGAUCAGCGAUGAAAGUGUGUCCGCACGGGAACGUUUGAAUAAUGCAUUCGCAGCAGCUGAAAAUGAGUUUGGUGUAUCGCGCUUGCUGGAUGCGGAAGAUGUAGACGUUGAAACACCAGAUGAAAAGAGUAUAAUCACGUAUGUGUCAUCACUUUACAAUGCAUUACCACAUAUCAGCGAAUUGAACAAGUAUGAAGAAGAGAUGCAUGAGUAUGAACGACAAGCAUCUGAUUGGUUACAAUGGGUACAACAUGCGAUACGUCUGGUGAACGAUCGACAAAUGCCAUCGACCGUAGACGAGUUGAAACGUUUGCAAGUGGAGUUGGAGCGUUUCAAAGAGGACGAUCUGGUGGUGAAAUUGAAGGAGAAACAACGAUUAGCUGAUCUAUAUGCUGAACUGUUUAAUUUAUUCGGUGGAACACAACACUUUGCAAUAUCAAAUCACCUUAGCACAUCCGCACUUGAUCAUGCAUGGCAACAACUUUUAACGGCACUUUCUGAAUGUUUCGUACUCAUCGAUGAUACAACUAAUAACCUGCAUUUGGUAAGUUUAGAUUUUAUGAAAUAUCUGUUGAAGUUGUGUUUCUUGGGAAUGAAUUUCCAUGUUGCUUCGCGCUUAAAAUGUUGUAUGCUUUUCCAGGGUUCAAUGACAGAUAUUAUCAGUCGCCUUACAAGAGGUAUUGGUAUAACGAACGAAAAGCUGGAUCAUAUUUUGGAGAGAAUCGAAGAUGUUGAAGCAAGAAGUAUGAUGUAUUUAUUCUGUUGUAAUCUACCGUUACUUGUUGAUCUAAACACCAUUUGUAUCGGCUCUAAUUCUCUUUUUUUUCUAUCAGUCGAUACUUCACGACCAGCAGACUUGCAACGAAUCAUUGAUACAAUCGUUGAUGAACUAAUAACACUCGAAACUCCAAUCCUCGGUUUCUUCGAGGACGUUGAUCAAUUGAAACAGAACCGGCAUCCUGAUGCUAAUGAAUUCCAUCAACAGUAUUAUAUUUUCUUCAAAUUCGAAUUUAUCUCCUUUUCAUAUAGUUAUAUGAACGUCGUUCAUACGGUUUAUGGUUUGGAACAAAGAAGACAAUCAUAUAUGAGUCGACUACGAACUCAGUUCAUCACACGUUUGGGUGUGCGAUCUGAAACGCUCAUUCGCGAGUCUCAACAGCGAAACGAGUCGAUUCGUCGUUCAACGUUCGGACGUGUUGAUGAAUGUAUUCAAUGGGAAAAACUCACUGAAAUGGAAUUUGUUGAAGAUUUGGAACAGCUGGAAAGUAUGUUCGAAGAGCAUAAACUCGAUAAUCAUGACAUUCAAGAUUUCAGACAAAAUGUUGAUGAAUGUAUUGCUCGUCAGGCUGAAGUAUCGACCGAAGAUACGCACGAAUAUUGUGAAUUGUUGAGUACACUGGAAAGUGAAUAUCAACAAUUGAGAGAUUUAUCAGCUGGACGUAUGCUUGAUUUGGACACAUUGAUAGCGUUUGUUCGUGGUGCACAACAAGAGAUUGUUUGGAUAAAUGAGCGUGAAGAUAUUGAAGUGACACGUUGUUGGAGUGAUAUUAAUCAGUUGGACUUACCAAUGCUCCAAAAUUAUUAUAAACAAUUAUUACAUGAAAUUGAAUUACGUGAGCCACGUUUCAACGAUGUACACAAUAAAGGUGCUGCGUUGCUGAAUCAAGGUCAUCCGGCUGUACAUGUGAUUGAAUUUUAUUUGAAUGCAAUGCAGCAUAAAUGGGAUUGGCUCUUAGCCUUAUCCAAGUGUCUCGAGCAGCAUCUUCGUGAUGCUAUCAAUCUCAAAUCGUUUAUGGAAGACGCAUCAGCUGCGGAAGAAUGGAUGAUAAGACAAACAGAAUUAUUGGAAAAGAAGUAUAAUCGUAAUGAGUUUUCACUGGAAGAGGGUGAACAGUUAUUGCAUGAGUUAGAUGAAAUCAAUGAACUUAUCAAAAAAUACCAUCGAAUCUUAAUGACACUCACUGAAAGAACGACGCAAAUAUCGCCAUUAUGGCAGCGUGGUGAACGCAUUCAAAGACCUAUUCCGGUUAUCGCUCUUUGUGAUUACGUCGAACGGAAUAUCGCAAUCAGAGAAGGUGAUGAAUGCAUGUUAAUAGACAAUUCGGAUCUGAUUCAUUGGGUAGUGCGUAGUCCAGAUGGGACUGAAGCGACUGUACCAUCAGUUGUAUUCCGUAUACCGCCACCAGAUGCUCGUUUAACGGCCUACUUGAAUCGUCUACAUUCCAGUUUUGAGAAGUUACGUCGAUUAUGGGAGAAGAAACAUUGUAUGGUACGAUUCAAUAUGAUACUUAACACCAUGGCUCAAAUACGAGGAUGGGAUUUGGAUACGUUCAAUUCAAUUGAUCCGGAACAACGUGAUGCAAUCAUAAAGGCACUGAAUGAUGAUGCAAAUAAGUUGUUGACCGAAUUAGAUCCAGAUGAUCCACUAGCAUUACGUUUGAAAGAUGAACUACGUUUGACGAAUGAACAUUUCUAUAAUCUUCUGAAUCAGUCAAUGCGUCCAAAAGAACCAGACAUUGGAAGUCAGUUUGACUCCAAGAUUGCAGAAUUACUUGAGAAAUUGGAAGAGGCUUAUCGUAAACUCAAUGAUCGAGUCGCUCAGGGAGUACCUCGCUCAUCAGAGGAAUUGGAACGAUUAAUUCAUGAGCACAAAAAUUUUGAAGAAGCGCUUCAAGCACUUGACGUUGAUGUAUCGACUGUGAAAGAGUUGUUCCGACAAAUUCCGAAUCCAACACCAUCUCAACGUGCCAAUAACGAUCAUUUGAGUAAUCGUUGGGAAGAUCUUUGGGAAUUGUCGCGAAUGUAUGUAGAGCGAUUGAAAGCACUUGAGGGUGUUUUGCAUGGUAUUUCAGAGGUGUCAGAUAUUGUGCGACAACAUGAAAUAACGCUGAAUUCAUUCGACGAUAUGCCAGCUGCACUCGAUAGACUACGUGGAGUACAUUCACAGUUACUUGAGAUGAAUAUGGUUCUACAACAACAACAAAGUGUCAUUGAUUCAUUGAAUCGUAAUAUUGCUCUCUUAAGACAACAUAUUUCUCGUACGCGACAAAGCUCAGCUCAUCCGGACGUGGACAGAUUAGAAGAUGAAAUACAAAUGUUAACGGUCCGUUGGGAGAAUGUUUGCUCACAAGUAUCUGAUAGACUGAAAAGUGCUGAACGUGCUUUACAAACACAAAUGGUUUACCGUUCCGAAUAUGAUAACGAAAUUUCUUGGUUAGAUCGUGUUGAAGCAACAAUCAAUAGCUUGCGUCGACCAGAAGAUAUGCGACCAGAACAGUAUCAAGCACAGUUGGAUUUGUUAAUCACUGAAUAUGCUCAGCUACAAGAGCGCACUGAGGCUAUUGAGAAUGUGAACAGAGAAGGUGGAAAGUUCAUUCGUGAAGCUAAGGGCUACGAUAGUAGGUUGCAACAAUAUAACGAUACUGUGAUCAACAUACAUGGACCAAAAAUUCGCAGCGAAUUUCGUCGUGCGGAACUACAGCCCAAAAAUGGUGCGCAGCAAGUGACUGAAGAGCUGGAAUGUCUCAAUAGGCGGUUCGCACAACUCAGUUCUUUGAUUCUCGAAAAACGCAAUGUUAUGCAAGUGUUUAUCCAGAAUUGGAAACGUCAAAAACAGGAUGAAGAGGAUCGUCGUCGUGUAGAAGAAGAAGAAAAACGGCGACAAUUUGAAGCGGCACGAUUGAAAGCCUUAGAGGAUGCAGAUAGACUUCGUUUAGAAAGAUUAGCUGCCGAGGAAGCUCGACGUGCUGCUGAGGAGGCUGAACGUCUCAGACGUUCACGUGAAGCAGCCGGAGAGGCAAGACGUAGAGCUGAAGAAGAAGCGAGAAGGAGAGCUGAGGAAGAAGCUCGGAGAAGGGUUGAAGAAGAAGCUAGAAGGAGAGCUGAAGAAGAAGCGAGGAGGAGAGCUGAGGAAGAAGCUCGACGAAGGAAGCGACUUGACGAUGAGAAUCGCGAACGCUUGCGUAGAGAAGAGGAAGAAAAAAGAAGGAGGGAAUUAGAAAAUGCUGAAAGAGAACGGGAAAGGAAGAGAAAAGAGGAUGAAGAACGACGUAGAAAAGAGGAUGAGGAACGCAGAAAGAGGGACGAAGAUGAACGUCGAAGGAAAAAAUCUGAAGAAGAUGCUGAAAGAGAACGCAGGCGACGAGCUGAAGAAGAAGCUCGUCGACGUGCAGAUGAGGACGCAGCUCGUCGACGUGCUGAAGAAGAAGCACGUCGUAGAGCUGAUGAAGAAGAAGCACGUCGCAGGAAAGAAGCUGAAGAAGCCGAACGUCUUCGUCGAGAAGAAGAGGAGCGAAGACGUCGCAGAAUCCCUGACGUUCGACAUGGGAUGCAACAAACAAUCGUUCCAGAAGGAAUGGUACUAGAAGAAUUUGAGGAAAUUCGCGACUCUCCUGCGCGAGCAACUAUAGCUGAGCAUGAGGAUGAAAUGCAAAUGUAUCAAGAAGAGACUGUAACAAAAACACAAUUUUAUGAGAUGGAAGGUAUUUUGCAUAAACAAACCGGUGAAAUAUUAACUUUUGUGGAAGCGGUAAGGCAGGGUUUGCUUGAUCUGCAUUCGAGCGGUGGUGAAUUUUUUGACAUCGUUUCGGGUGCUCGAAUAAGUCUUGAGAAAGCUGCUGAACUUGGAUAUAUUGAUGGCAGUUUUAAUGAGGUACUAAAUCGGCAUCAUGGCAUUCGUCAUCCAGCAACCCAUGAAAGUCUCACGCUUCUCGAAGCAAUUCAAAUUGGUCUUUAUGAUCCAGAUGUUAGACAAUUGCGCGAUAUUAAUACGGGUGAAAUAUUGCCAAUGUAUGAUUGUAUUUUACGAGGAAUAAUCACUUUAGAUACACAACAUCGACUUAUAAAAAUGGGCAUAUUAAAGCUACCACCAAUGACUCUCGAGAAUGCAAUUGAACAAGGUGUUGUAAACCGUGAGACCGGUCAGUUCACGGGUAAAUAUACUCGUGAAACAAUGCCUUUGAAAGAUGCCUUAUACAACGGUUAUAUUCAAAUAGGAAGUACUCGACCAAUAGCAAUGAUUGCGAUCACUCUCACUGAUUGCAUUCAGAUGGGCCUCAUCAACACGGAAACUGGCGAAUUCUUUGAUCGUAACAGUGGUGAAAAAUUAACUCUACGCGAUGCGGUAUCAAAGCAGAAUAGUUUGUUGAACUUACACAUCCCAGAAAUUAUAAGAACUGACGAAAGUCGACGUAUAACACUUGGUGACGCAAUUGUACGAAAUGCGAUCAAUACUCGUCAAGGGAACUACACAGAUUUGCAGCAAAGUCAGAGUAUGUCGCUGUGGGAAGCGUACAAUAAAGAUCUCAUUCAAAAGCCGUUAACACUCACUGAAAUAGAUGCUAAAGGGUUGAUCGAUUCAACAAAUAAAUUCAUUGAUGGUGGUACAAAGCAUCGUUACACUCUCCUUGAAGCUAUUGCUGCUGGACUGAUUGAUGCCGAAGUACGUCAUAUUGUUGAUCCGGUAAUGAAAGAUGUCAUAUCGAUAGCUGAAGCUUUAGAAAGGGGUCUUCUGGAACCAACCGGAAGGAUUGUCGUUGCAGCACAGCAAAAAUCCUAUACGAUUACAGAAGCGAUUAGUGAAGGUCUUUUGAUAAAACGUGUUCGUCAUACGAUUUUCGAUGUGAAGGGAAUUAAGAAUACAAAAACGAAAGAAAUUCUCACGUUCAACGAAGCCGUUGAAAAAGGCGCUGUAAUUGUGCAAGCAGAACGUAUUGUCGAUCUGGCAACUCAGGAAAGUUUUCUCCUUGCUGAUUGUGCGGAUAAGGACUUGAUCGAUCCAAUGUUGCAUGAACUGUUUAGUUCACCGAUCGGAAUCAAAGAUUCAUCGGGUGACGAAAUGACAGUUUUUCGUGCGGUCGCAAAAGGUUUAAUCGACCCAGUGAAGGGUGUUUACCUAGAUAAACGAACUAAAAGGGAGUUAACUCCAAAACAAGCAUACGACGAAGGUUACCUAACAUUACGUGGUGCUGUCAAGUUGUCAGCACUUUUCGACAUUCAUCCAUCGUUGAUGUCACCCACGAAGAAAAUCGAUCAAAAGAAGCGAAUUCGUCGACCUGGACAGAGCAUGGAUGUCGCAGCAGAUCAGGUCAAAGUCACUCUUGCUGAGGCAAUGAAGCAAGGCCUCAUCGAUUCAAAAACCCAUCGUUUUCGCCAAGGCGAAACUGAAAUGAGUUUUGAAGAUGCUCUAAAUCAAGGAUUAAUAGAUCCAUCUGAUGAAUGGAUCGUUCCAUCAAAAACAUCUGGUGUCGGACCUACGAUUGAGGAGAAAACAAGUGAAACAGUAAUGGAAACUGGUCAACAAUUAGCACCGAAAUUUUAUCCCGACAAAAAUAUCGAGGAAUCUAUCACAACUAUUAAAAAAGUUCGGACAACUGAAACAACGGCUGUAGGUGGGCCAGGUGGUGUAUCAGUCUAUCGCGCCAUAACGGGGGGUAAAGGUACAAUCGAAGUACCAGCCGAUGGCUACCACAUUCAUGAGGCUGAAAGAAAAGGCUAUAUUAACCUAUCAACAGGUGUUGUUUCGCCGCCUAACGUAGAUCGCUGUCUAUCACUGGAAGAAGCAUUUGAAUUGGGUGUUAUAAACAGUAAAAAUAUCAGUGUUCGUGAUCCAAAUACGGGUAGAAUAAUACCUGUAAUUGAUGCAAUUGAAAAUAAAAUUAUGGACAAGAACGGCUUCAUUACGUCACAUGGACGUCGUAUAAGUCUCCAAACGGCAAUUGAAGAGAAAGUUGUCAUUGUAGGUGGAGAACCGCCGGCAACGACAGCAAGUUCGGCCAAAAAGGUGAUCCAAUUUUCUGCUGCGGACGGUGCAGUAAUGAGUUUCCGUCCAGUUGGUACGGCUACUGUAGAAGAAUCUGAGCAGUCGUGGUCAUUCGAUGCUACCACAGGUGAACUCAUUGAUCAUAUUGGUGGUGGUCGAUUACCACUUGAUGCGGCGCUGGCUGCUGGCAAAAUCUUGCCUGAAGAUCUUCGUGUGCGAGAUGCUUUAACAGGCCGCGAGAUGUCGUUUGGAGAGGCUGAAAAGUGGGGCAUAAUUGAUCAGAAGAACCACUACUUUUUCGACAAACGUGACAAUAAGCGUUAUUCCCUCGCGGAAGCAGCCCAACAAAAUCGAAUUUACCCAACUGGUGGUGUACCAGAAAAUGCAUCUGAUGCUGUCCACACUACUGUCAAGGUUCAGAAACGUACUGAAGUUUCGAAGAAGGAGGCGCUAGCUGUGGGUCCGUCUGCUUUUGUGGACCAGACACUUGCCAGUGCGUUAGAUUCUGGAUGGUAUGAUCCACAAAGUGGAACAUUCACACAUCCUGAUACAAACAAACAGAUGACCUUGAAAGAAGCUAUCAUCAGAGGUUUGUUCAAUCCAUACGGCACCACUGUCAUUGAUCAACGCAACAAACGCGAGUUGUCUCUAUUAGAAGCAAUUCAAGAUGGGUUGGUCAAUGAUUCCACUGGAACAGUUCUUGAUACGGAAACUGGUCGUACCGUCGACCUUAUAACGGCAUUGCGAGACGGUCUUCUUAAAAGUGGUAACUUGCCAGAAAGCUUUGAAGGCGCUCUGGUGAAGGGGAAACUUGAUUUUGCAACAGGGCAGUUCACUGCGCACGAUGGCCGUAACGUUCCGGUGCAUGAGGCGAUAUCUAAAAGGAUGAUUGAUAGUAAGUCAAUGGUAGUGCGCGAUUUGGAUACUGGAGAUGAGAUGCCCCUGUCCACAGCAGUCGAUAAGAAAAUCGUUGAUCUCGAGAGAGGUGUGAUUCGUGGUAAAGACACUUCCAAAUCAAUGAGCUUCCCACAAGCUCUUACCACUGGCAUUAUAGCUGGUGCAGGUUCUCGUUCGCCUCGUACCGCACAACGAUCACCACAUCCUAAACUGAUUGAACAGAAACUUCAACUCACACCGUAUUCACAGCCUGUAGAACCUAAAACUACUGUAGCACUACGUGAACAACGUACAAUGGGAGUUGGUCGGCAAGAAAUGGUUGAUCUCGGUGGCGGUAAGCAAGUCAUGGUAAAAGUCGUUCGUGGUGAAGGUGGUGUUGAGAAGGGUGAAUACGUUGAUCCAUCAUCGGGAAUGAAAUUCACCAUUCAGUUACAUGGUGAUCCGUAUGUGACAGAAACUAAAACAAUGGUUAAGAGUACUGCACAAGUACAGUCAGUUGAGUUAGAACCACACGCUGAAUUUGUUGGAAUUGAUAAAAUUCGAGAUAAGAGAAAUGGUCGUAUUAUGUCACUGCAGGAUGCUCAACGUAUUGGUAUCGCACGAGUUGAUCGAAAGGGAAAACAAAUGACCAAAACAUAUUCGGUAUUCAGGUCGAACAUUCAGAACGCAAUAACUAAAGGUGUGCUAGAUUCGCAUGGUGAGAAAAUCAGCCUAGAGGAUGCUAUUCGUGCCAAACUGAUUGACAUUAUUACUCUGACAUAUGUUAAUCCAAAAACUGGUGAGGCAUUACCUCUAGCUCAAGCUGCAAAUAUGGGCUUACUUGAUGUAACGCUAUCUGAAAUUCUACCAAAAGGUGUAUGCCAUCCAGCAAACGGGGAGAAGAUAUCUAUUGAACGUGCAAUCGAUUUGGAUAUAAUCAAUCCAAAGACAGGUGAGGUGCAGAAUCCGUUCACUAAAGAGAAAUUAAGUUGGCUUGAUAUUUUAAAACCUGUUUACGCAAGUUUAACAAUGGAAGGUGUUUACGAUCCAACAAAAGGUUAUGGCGUCCCUGUCCUCAGUGCGCUAAUUGAAGGAUUAAUUGAUACGAAAAGUGCACAGUACUCCAACAUCAUUACUGGUGAAAAGAUACCAUUAAAUGAAGCUUCCAAUAAAGGUCUUAUUGAUGAAGAAUCCUACAAAGCUCUCACACAACCAUUUUUGGUCGACUUCCGAACAAAGAGGAAGUUGAAUCUUAUUGAAGCCGUUCAAGCGAAACUUGUUGAUCCACGAAAUCGAACUAUUCAACUUGAUGAACAUGUCAUCAUUCCUGUUGCACGUGCUACCGCAGAUGGUAAAAUUCCGCGAUCGAUUGGUGAACGAUUGAAACGAGUAGAUAAACUAACGUUUGCUGAAUCACUUGGAAAGGGACUCAUUGACGUUGCUCAAAACCGGUUCACUGAUCCCGAUUCGGGCCGUCAGAUGUCAAUCAGCCAGGCUAUUGAGGAAGGAUAUAUCGAUACAGGUAAGGUUGAAGCGAUGGAAGGUUCAGAUGAGCGAAAUUUGGUGCACGUUCUAUAUUCUGAAGAAUUUGAUGAGAAUUCGGGUCGUAUCAGGGAUAAGAAAUCAGGCCUCUACCUAACGUUCAGGGCAGCAGUUGAUCGUGAUGUGAUUGAUGGUGAUUCACUUUUCCACGAUAUUGACUCAAGUCAAACAAUGACAUUGAAAGAAGCUAUAAAUCGUGGGCGAAUCGAUGCAGAUGGUAAAUAUAUUGAAGCGAAAACUGGAACAAAGUUGACUCUAAAGCAGGCCAUUUCCAAUGGUUUAAUUGCGUUGAUUGCUUCGCCUAUGCAAGCUGCACAAGCAGUCACUGAAGCAGUCAAACGUCGUGAUGCAGAGGGCUAUAAGUUCAAAAUCGGAUCUGUUGAUGAUCGUCGCAGUAGCACAAGUGGUCCGAGAUUUAGAGAGGAAUCAACUGUUAUAAGAUUGUCAUCACCUCACAGGGUUGAACCGGGAUUAUCAGUGAGAGUGCGCUCAAGUUCAGAAGCGAUGUCUGGUGGUGAUAGAGCUCGUAGUCUCAUUGAUGAUCCACAGGCUUUGGCUGAUCUUCAACAUGAAUUUUUGGAUAAUUUGGCAAAGCAGCGAUUUGAUAUAGAAGAGCAAAUUAUCGAAAAUCCAGCCACAUCAAGAAGAGUAUCUGUUCGUGAGGCUGCUGAGUCUGGCCUUCUCGACGUUGUCACUGGUGAAAUUGUGCAUCCGUCCUCUGGAAGACGCUAUUCAAUUCCUCGAGCAGUGCAUAUGAAAAUGGUUGAUUCAGAUGCUGCAAAACGUUUGAUGGAAUCAUUAAAUAUUUCACUCGAGGAACUCGGUCAGCAAUCAACAUCAUAUGUUACCGAGUCUGUUUCUGGUAUGAGUCCAACCGAAACGGGUGGUGCGAAAGUUUGGACGAAAACUGUUAGUUGGCAUGGUCAGCCAUCCGAACUAAGGCAUUCAACUAGUGAUCCAAUGGCGCCUUACACGAGCUAUAAGACAACAACUUCUUCUACAUCGAGGACAUCUGAUGCACCAUUAUGGGCACGACGCGAUUGA